UUGCGAUUUGACCUUGGAAGGUUAUUGUAAGCGAGGAUUAUCCUGUGGGCGCAAAGGGCGUGUAUUUUUAAAAAAAAUCAGACCAAAGUAUGUUCGGGGAUGCCGGAAAGUUGUAUCUCCAUCUUAGACAAUUGCAAGGUGGUACGGUUAGGCCAGGGAAGUUUCGUAAAGUCCAUGUACUUGUUCAUUUGCAGUAAUUGGAACUUCCAGCCCUUGGUCCCUUGCUGACAUGUGUUUCCCACAUGGUUUUUAUCUCAAACGUCUGCGCAGCAGUGUAUUCGCCCGUAGUUGCAUGGGCUCGAGGCCUCAAAUGCAGGUGACCUUGAGAAGAGGGUUGAAGUUGGUCGAAUGGGACGAUCUAUAUCCAAAAACGGUUUCGGUUCGAAAUAUUAGGGUCGUAUCGGCGGGCACAUAUUGAACGUUUGUGCCACCGAGUUCUUCUACCCGAUCCGAAUAAGUUUAAAGGUGCCGCAACUCGACACGGAUGGCACAGCAGUUUUAGUCUAUAUCACAUCCAUUAUUGCAUUUCUUAAGCGCCUUGAUAAUACGUUCAAUGGUUUGGAUGCUUGGCACGGACCUAAGGUGAUGAAGGAAGGUGUUGAUGCAAAGAUCAACUGAUUAAUUGUCCUGCUUCCAGUGACAGACAUGAUACUCCCCAUCCUCAGACAUCCUGGGACCUACGAUAUCCGAAAGAAGAAUGUCGACAUGCUAAAAGAUUACGACGGGGUUUUGAAUGGUAGGUUUUGGGGGGAUGAACCAAGAGCUGAAA